CUGUUAUUUUUGCUCGUUGGUUUUGCCGUACAAGUUCCCGUUUUAUAGUAUAGUAUUGGUGUCAGUGUAUUCGUGUGCAUUUACUUCAUCAAUCAUACGGAUUAACUUUUUAAUGUGGGGUUUCAAACAGUGCAAGUUCUUUUAUUAUUAAUCAUGUAACUUUACUUAGAGCGAAGUUUAAUGCCGCACCCCUGUCUGCCUGAGUGCCUGCCAUUAUAUAUCAGUAGUCAAAAUCAAGUGACCAUUUAUUAAAGUGAUGAUUUCAAUCUACCUAACACGAAGAAAGUCUACCUGAAAGACAUUGCAAACAUAGCCGAUUUUUUUCGACCCCUUUCGGGAGCAUUACGUGAGUCAAUUUUUGAUGUCCCAAUCAAUUUUGAUCGAUCGACAACACACUGGACAAGUGCGUAUUAGUGUGUGACCACCAGUACCGGAGCAGCAACAGCAGGAAUGUGUUCGAGCUUGUGCAAUUCUUUGCGAUUGUGAUAGUGUUUCCUCAAACAGUGAGCAGCGGUCAAUGAGAUUGCUGUUGUUCCAAACAGAAAACACGGCACAGUGAGCCGUCAGCGAUUGGAGCUGAUUGGAUUGGUUUAAUGCUCCAGUUCUACCUUCUACCACGCCUACUUGUUGGAUACGCACGGAAACAAUAGAAGUCCCUGUCAAGCGGACUUAAGAUAACAGAAUGAGCGAGUCUUCGGUAACGCCUGUUCCGGUUCCGCGACCGCGCCAACGUGCCAACAAUAACAACGCGUCGAUCGAUUCGACCCCGGUGGCAGACAAAGUUAACAACAACGACCGUGACGUACCGGAUGGAAGCGCCACCACCAAAACCUAUCCUUCGAUCUAUCCGAAGCUAGAUUACGAAAACAUCGAAAUCAUCCAUUCCCCCCGCGUGAACAAUAACGAUACUCCUCCGGCAACGCCGGCGAAAAACCUGCCCAGCGCCGCAGCUGCCCGCCCAGUACCAGCACCUCGCCGGCCACGGGUUGUGGUUCAAGAGGAAAGUGACCGAGCGAGUCACUACCAAAAUGUUAGUCCGUUUCCGAGCGCGGUGAAGAAACCACCACCGGUUCCACCGCCGCCGGCGGUUUUGAGUCCCGGAAUUACCACCGUGCACAAUAACUUGCGGGACAGUUCGGUACCAACUUCCCCCAGCACAAGCACCGGCGGACGUUUCAGCUUCGAGGGAGAUCGAACGCCCGGCGGGGCCGAAUCGGAUGGCGCCUCGAUCGGCAGUGGCGACAGUGGACGGAAGUAUAAGACUUCCUCACCGGGUGAACUGUUCAAAUCAAUCGGUAUUACUUCGAAACUGUUGAGUGAGUCGAUUUCCGAGCGAGUGACACACAAAACAAUGAAAGUAGCUAGCAAGUUGGAUAAGAACCUCAAGAGUUCGAAGAGUUCGUUCAGUAGCUGGAGUUCGGAGGCGGGAAGCAAGCUGAAAACGGUAAGCAAAUCGAUCAACAGCAUCGCCGAGGAAAAACUGUCCCUCUCGUUGGCCCGUAAGAAGGGCGGUUCCAAAACGAAACGAAGCAAUAGCACCGGUGGUGGUGAGGAGGAAGAUUUUCUCGAACGAAGACAAACGGCACCGCCGGAGAACAGUGAUCUCAUGCGAAACAUUCAGUUCAACAGUCCGCUGAACAAUAAGGUUAACAACCGAGAGGAUCUAACGAAGGGAUCCUCCUCGUCGUCCACUUACGACAUUCCGAAGAGUGCCAAACCAACGAAUUACGGUGAACCUCCGCCGUACGAGGAAUCGUACAAAUCGAAUAGCAGCGCCAGUUUGGCUUCCGCUUCUUCCUCUUCCACGAAUCCGCCUCCAGCGGGAACGUUUUCCCGUUCCUCGGGCCUAAGUCAAAGCCUCUACAGUAAGGUGAUUCCGAAACGAGACCGGAAAGGUGAUUCGGAUAUUCCAUCGCCAGCUCCGCUGCGCAGCAAAACCAAGAGCGAGUCAAAUCUUUGCGAGUCUAAAUUCUACAUUGAUUCCGUGCGAGAAAUCGACAUCAACAGUAGUUCGGAAAGCAUUCCGCCUCCAAAGACACCGGCUCCGGUUCUGCGAACCGAACCUGCCACCGGCAAAGCCGAAAAUCCCUACGGGAAACUUAACAUCGUUACACGACCGGUUUCGAGCAGCUCCUCCGAGGAGGACAACAACCUGCCGGAAAUUUUGAAACGCAUUCAGAUCCGAAAAAAAGUCGCAAACUACGAAGACGUUGCCGUCGGAGACUCGUCCGCUCCGGAUUCUCGCCGAGCCACCUGCAACUCGGUGAAUCGCGUUUUCUCCCGACGUUCCUCAUCGUUGGAUGAAAUCCGAAACAACCUGAACUUGCGCUCGAACUCGUGGAACUUCUACGAUGUCAACAACAGCCGAGAUGAGGAUGAGGACGACGAAGAGGACGGUGAUAGUUCGCGGGUCAGCACGCCGGAACCGACUUACGUUAAUGACGGUCAGAUUUACGGGCAGAUCUGUGAGAUGGAGACCUCCCUGCUGAAGCCGGAACCUUUGAAUGCUCGCCCGCCCCGACAUGAUUACGAUGAAGUUUCGAUUUCCGAUAUAAUCGAUGAAUUUGAUCCGCUGAACCAGCGGCGUUCGCUGGUGGUGCUUCUGGAGAAGACAAAUGAGCUGGCUCUGAUUGAGAACAUCCUCGGGGCGGAAUCCUAUGGACUGGAAGCCUCUGAGGAUGGUUCCAAGGGACUUCCCAAACCACCGAAGCGUUCCGAUUCCCUGAUGGAAUCUUCAACGUCGAGCGAACCCCCGAACAAAGCGACUCCACCGAUUCCUCAGCGAAAACGGAAGUCCAAAAGCCCCCGCCGAACGAUGAUUAUCCACCAGAAUUUGAAUCUUCCCUCCGAUAGUGUUGAAAAUCUGGUUGAUGAGGCGGCCAUUGAACCGUACCUUUCGGUUGUGGAAGAAUCAGCUGCCAAUCAAGAACCGGUUGACCUCAGCUACCCUUCCAGCAGCAGUCAAGGUCCCCAAUCGAGUUGGUUCGUAACGGACGCUGCCACCACCGAACCGGACAGGUUCCUCAAAAACUCCAAGGUCGAUCCAAUCAACGAAAAACCCGCAAACAACAAACCGGUCGAGAAAAUCCACAAAGAACUCCCUUCGGAACUGAGCUGCAUCGAUGAGGACGAUACCUAUCUGCCGUCCUACAUGGAAGCGAUCGGAGCCAACGAAACCGUAACCGAUCCGUUCGCAGCAGCGGCAGGACCCGCACCGACUGUCGCCGGCAAACCAAGCGUCACAUCCAAACUGUUCAACGCCCUGAAGCGCAAGUCCAGUUUUAAGGCAAAAACCGACGUACGGACCGUCCUGGAAAUGGUACCGAAGCCGCUGCUCACGGAACGCUUCAUCAGCCAUCACGGCCACCUGCUGAAGCUCCCGUCCGGAAUGAUCGGCGAUGUGUUCAACGAGCUGACCCCCCGCUCGGUUGUCCUGAAGGAAAAGAUCAUCCAAACCUACCAGGACCCGCAAAAAACGCAACCAAAAGAGUCCCUACACCUGAAGUUCAUCCUCAGCCUUCAGUGCGUCGUCCAGCACAAGUUCAACAACGAAGGCCUCGAUUUGCACUGCUUCGAAGUGGUGCUGGCCUUACCGAAAAAGGAGGGCGGAUCAACGGCCAACCAGCAGCUGGUAACCAACCCGAACCUGGUAAUCACCAGCACCAACAGUGGAAACGUCAAAACCCUGCGACAAUCGUACAUGUUUGGCGUGCACAAACGAUCCGAUCGAAACGUGUGGAUGGGAAAGAUCCUCCAGUCCGUUACGGACGUCUUUCCCGACGGGUGUUUGGCGGAGUUUAUGCGAGCCGGCUGGUGUUACAUGAAAAAGUCGGUUUCCUCCAGCUGGAGCGGAGCGUGGUUGCUGUUGGCGAAGCGCAAGCUGUUCUUUUUCAACUACCAAGAUCAACGCCUGGAGCAGUUGGAUUUACGCAAAGCGCGUUGCAUCGGAGCAAUCGAAUCGGACGAAUCGAUACGCAAUCUGCACAUCGAAGCGGGUCCUUCGCUGUUCAUUGACUGUCCACCGUACGCAACGUUGUACUUCAUUAUGAGUUCCCCGAGAGAAACGCAAAUUUGGCGGAAAAUCAUCAAGGAUAUGGCCCACAAAAACGGAACCAGUUUGCACAGUCAACAGCUGACGAAGAACGACGUUCCGGUACUGAUUGAUAAGUGCAUAAAUUUCAUUUACGCGCACGGUUCCAUGUCGGAAGGCAUCUACCGCAAGUCCGGCUCGACCAAUCAGGUCAACAAAAUCCUCCAACUGUUCAACGAAGACGCCUUCGCUGUCCAGCUGACGCGCACCGAGUACAACGAGUACGACGUGACGGGAGUGCUGAAAAAAUUCAUCCGAGACAUUCCCAACUCGUUCUUCGGAAACUACGCGGUCAGUUUCGUCAGUAUUACCAGCCUAAAAUCGGCAAAGGACAAAAUCGACUCCUACCGGGAGUUGCUUUCCCGUCUACCGAAAGUCGAGCACCACACGCUGAAGAAGCUGAUCGGUCACCUGAACUUCAUCGCAUCGCUGGAGCUGCACAACAAGAUGGGCAUUCCGAACCUGGCGAUGAUCUGGGGAUCGACGCUGAUGGCCAACUCGAGUCAGAAUGUGGAAGCCGAACAGUACAGCUACUCGCAGGACGAAGCGGAUGUUGUGGCCGAUUUGAUCAAGCUGUACAAAAAUCUGUUCACCAUCACUCCGGAGGAGGUCAAACGCGAGCUGUUGAUGUUGAAGGUGCUGCAGAAGUAUCACGCCGCUGCCGAGAACCUGUCCGAUUCGGUGAAGCAUUCGGGUGAUUUGAAGGUGUGGAUCUCCAUUGAAUGUGCAGGCGAUGGUGAGGCAGCAACCGAGCAGGAGGAAAAGACUCAGGUGAACGUGACGAUUACGCCGACGAAGACGGCAUCCGAUAUCUGCAAGGAGCUGGCGGCGAAAGCCGGUUCUGAGUGGUACCGGCUGACGCUGUAUGAAGUGAUCGGGGGCGGAGCGUUGAUACGGCCUGUUCACUACACCGAGCGAGCGUUGGAGAUUGUGCUGAGAUGGACCUACUGGGACGAAGCGGACCGCAAAACGAACUACCUAUCGAUCCGGCCGACGAGCACCCUGAACGACGUCUACCGGCACAUCCAGAAGGCACCGGUCCUGACACCGACCACGGAGCUCAAGUUUGCCGAUCGACGCACGAAAACCCUCCGAAGCUACAAGCUGCAGCUGAUCGGGCGGGAAAUUGUCGUCCUCAAGCGAGCCGACAAGAAGGACAAAAGCACCUACGAGGAGAUGAUGAAGAUCCAUCUGGGCCGGGUGCACGCCUACCUGGGCCGGGAAGCCAAACGGGACCAGUCCCGGCUCCGGUGGGCCAUUACGCUGGUCGAGCAUGAUUUCACGAAAAGAACGCGAGAUGCACCGUUCAUAGGUCACCUCCUCGGGGGAGUAGAUUUCAGUGAUCAAAUCCUGUGGUAUUCCAGCAUUUUGUACAGCCUCCACAAGGAUGACAUUUUGCCAAGCAGCGACCUAUUUUUCUAGGUUUAAAGUUAAAAGCUACGUAUUCGGUGGAUACGUAAAAGCCAAUAUUUAGAUAGCCAAUAUUUACGGAACGUAUUUUUUUUAUUACGAUUAAGCAAAGUAUUCUCCUAGCCACAAUUGCAGAAUAAAAUUUCCGCUGGGACCUUCUUCAGAAAGGGGGGUCGCACAUUUAAAAAUUAUUUUUAUUGAAAUUGUUGU